GGGUGAAGUGCCUGGGGGCCUGGUGAAGUUCGCUGGGCUGGAGGGAGGAGGCAGAUCCCGAGGGGGGCUGCAGCCCUGAGCAGGGCUAGCGAGCGGUGUGGGGGCAGAGGCUGGGAAGAGCUGCUGGCGCUCCCCGGCCCGGAGGAGGGGGCGGUCGCAGGGAGGCUGCGAGGGGCUGGAGCUGGUGCCGGUUGCUCUCUGGACUGCAGGGGGUGCGGGGUCCCCUCUCUGCGUUGCCUGCCCAGCCUCAGCCGGCUCGGAGGCGGCAGCCAAGCAGCGCGGUCCUCGCCAUGCUGGCGGCAGCUGGGAGCCGCGUCUGCCUGGGCCGGCUCCUGGCCGAAGGGCAACUGCACGCCCCCCUGCUCCGGCCGGCAGCCCGUGGGAUCGCGGCCACUGCAGCUUCCUCCAGCAGCGCCCACAACCGAAGCCCAGGGCCCAUCAGCUCGGCUGAGAAGAUGUACAAAGUACCUGGUAGUUACAAACCUUCCAACUUUGACAAAAAAAUCCUCAUGUGGACAGGACGCUUCAAGACUGAAGAAGAGAUUCCCUCAAGGAUCCCGCCAGAAAUGCUGGACAUUGCAAGAAACAAAGCUCGGGUAAAAGCCUGUUAUCUAAUGAUUGGACUCACAAUUAUCGCCUGCUUUGCUGUGAUUGCAUCAGCUAGAAGGACUGAACACCAUGAGUCCCUAACAAGCUGGAACCUAGCAAAGAAAGCCAAGUGGCGUGAAGAGGCUGCAGUAUCAGCAGAGUUUAAGACUAAAUAAUAUUUCUAUUAAAAGCUGUGAAUUUGCUAGUAGGAGCAAACACCACAAAAAAAACAAACAAACAAACAAACGUUAUUUGGCAUAAUUAGUGACUAACUAGUUAGCAGACUGCUCUGUUAAAUAACACAUUGGAGCCCAACAAUGUUGCACUCAAAAAAAUGUUGGGAACGAAGGGAAUAGGGUGUCUUUUUCUACAUUACACAGAGAUAUUUUUAGUACUUGCAGCAGAUGACCAAGGUCAGUUCAAAUCUUUAGAAAGUUCUAAUCAUUCCUUUUUUGCCUCAAUUUGAUAAAAAAUAUGUAACUGUCCACAAAGACAACACAUACAUCACCUACCCUGUCCUGAAAUCUCUUCCUGCUAGAUUUGAUUCUGGAAAUUUUUCUAUCGACACAAAAUUAUAUUACUGACAAGAACCACCAUUUGAAAACUGUUAUAUAUUAAAGAAAUUAAAGCAUACUAAAAAAAUUGUGCAAGCCAAAAAUCAUUUAAAUACUAGGGAAGCCAGUGACUAUGUAGUUGGAAAAAUUAAUAGCAUCCCUACAGUAUCUCUGUUGAAUCUCGUUUACUAGACCAGGCUGAACUGACAGAGUUUACUUAUAGUGUUGUAGCUAUGUCAGUACCAGAUAUUAGAGAGACAGGGUGGGAGGGGUAAUCUCUUUUAUUGGCCCAACCUCAAAAGCUUGUCUCUCCCACCAACAGAAGUUGAUCCAAUAAAAGGUAUUACCUCAACCACCUUGUCUCACUAAAGUUUAUACCUCACCCACCUUGUCUUGCUAAAGUUUACUUAGUUCUUUUGCAAAUAAAACACAAUAAGCAGCAUUUUAGUGUCUAUGAACUUUUCCUCUGAAAACUCUUGGGAAGUCCCAUUAAUUUUGCAAAUGAAAAAAGGAUGGAGGAUGGUGAUGGUCAGAGGCAUGGGAUGCUUAGAGAGGAGAUAUUUUCAAGGCUAGUUUUAAAAGUCACUUCAUGCAAUAUUUUGUUUAACCCCUCUCCAUAAAGCUGAUUUUUCUAGCAUGGCACACUAUUAUAUAGCAUGGAAGUCAGCCACAGUUUUUACUUAAUUCAGCUCUUACAUUAGUAUAGAGAUUGUAUUUAUAUUUGCUAUUUUCUAAGAAUCAGGACUAAUUUUAGAAUACUAAUGAAUACACUCACCACUGUAAAAUAGCUUUUAUUAGUUUUUGUAUAGUAUUCUGAAUUGAAACAUUCCAUAAUAUUGCAUACUUUUCACGUGUUGGUUUGUAGAGAUACACAAUAAUGGGCCUCCAGUCUGGAUUAAAAGAUGCACUAUCACUCUACUUAAAGUCAAUAUAGGCAUUUUAGAUUCAUACAUUACAUAAAACCAUAAUGCCAUGAAUGAGAAUGAAAAAUUUCUCAUUUAAGAUUUCAAUUAACCUUUGCACUGGUUUCGUGCUAAGCAGCAGGCAUUUUACCCUGCAUAUCAAUUUGAACUUUAAAAAAAAGUUCACUUACAAAAAUUAAAUCAUAAGAUUGAAGACAAAAACCCAACUGAGGUAAUUGACCAUGGAGGAAAAAGGAUAGUGCAUCUUUUACACAUAGACCCAGUAGAAAUCAUUUUUCCAAACUUGUUCUACAGUAAAGUUAUUUCUGCACCAACAUUAUUACUAUUUUUUGUUUUCUUCUUCUGAUUGCUGCUAGCAAUAGUGUUUAAAGGAAAUACUACAAAAUUAAACAGCAGUAUGAACAAAGUUCUCAAAGACAGAAAGUGCUAUGAUAAAAAUUCAGUAGAAAAUUAGUUAUGAUUUAGUGUCCAACAGUUUAUGAAACUAAAACAGAUGUGGCAUAUUUGCAUAGAUUAACUCGUCAGAAUUCAAAUUCAAACAGAACAAAUGGUAAGCUAUUUUGAAAAACACUUGUUUUUUGGAACAAGCUGCAUAACUAAAGGGACACUUUAGUACUUUGUCUAUUAUUUAAACAAAACCCCCAAACUCGUAAUAGCCUUUUGGAUAAAACCAGUAUGGAAAAAAAAAUCUAGUUAGCAAACACAGCCCCUGCUCAAUCCCCCACUCCUAAAUGCUUUCCACAGCAGAGAUGAUUUUUUUUCUGUCAGCAUCAUUGUUUUCCUAAGCAUCACUGAUGCCAUCAGUGUCAGUUCUGACAACAGGUUUUGUUAACUUGUGAAAACAUUCUUAUUCCAUGAUCAUUCAUUAACAAUAGCUAUUUAAAAAAAUAGUGUUCCCAGUGAGACUGGUGGAUUUUAGAUAUACAUAAACGUAGCAACAUGAUAGGAUAAUACCAGAUUUAACAAUUUUAGGAUUAACCAAAUGUUGAGAUUAAAUAACUAGUGUCCCUUUCAGUAACCAAAGUCCAUCAAUUUUAGUUCCUAUUUACACUAAAAGCACUACUUUGAAUAUACCAGAGGCAUGAAUUUGUAUUUACAUACAUAAAGUGCAGUCACUUUAACCACUCAGACAUACACAGUAAUAGAUCCACAAAAAUGAAAUAAUCCUCUCAAAUAGUAUAACUCUCCCCCCCUUUCUUUCAUUUACAAGUCUUAAUUAGGGGGUUUGUUUUUUUUUAGUUUAGAUUUGGCUUAACUGAAGAGGCUUAUAAAUGUAGUGUCUACGGGGUCCUCAAAAUAAAAGCAGGCACAGCUGGCUUAUGCAAUAUCAAAAC